AUGGUCAAUUUGAUGCUACUCUUGGCUUUGAUGAGUGUAAGACGAGCAAGUAUACGAAACAUUAACAUCAACAUCAAGUCCGUGUUCUGUUUCCAAAUCCACGGGUCUGAUGUUGCUUUCUAUAUGGCAAGCCUCAGUCAUGAGGGCAUUUACACCUUCACUCAGGUGGCAAAGGUGAAGUUUCCUCGCUCCAUUGCAGAAUUGCCUCAGUUCAUCAACAUGAGGGCAAUCAGCCAGCUUUUGCAAGCUAGCCAGUGCUUUUGA